CCCAGCGGCGGGGGUCCGCGGUCGGAGCUCGGGUAACGGCGCCGUACGGGGGGCCCCCGGGGGCCCCGCUCCCGGCCGCCGCCAUGGACCUGCUGUUCGCGCUGCUCCGCGGGCUGCGGCUGGCGCUGGACCUGCUGCUGCUGGUGCUGGACCUGAACUUCCUCCUGGUGUCCUCGCUGGUGUCCGCGCUGCUCUGGCUGCUGGGCGCCGUCACCAGCCUGCCCGCGGCCGCCGCGGCGUGCUGGGACGGGCUGCUGGCCUCGCUGGCUUCGGUGGAGCGGGCGGCGCUGGGCGCGCUAUCCGGCGUGCUGCGGGGCUGCUGCUGCGGCCUGGAGGGGCUGAAGGUGCUGGGGCACCUCGUGUCGCACUUGGCGCUGCGGGGCAAGGAGCUGCUGCACCGUGAGCUGUGCGGGCUGCUGGGCUGCGGGCAGGCGCUGGCCAGGCAGGUGUGCGAGGGGCUGGCCAUCGGCACCAGCCUGCUGGCUUACCUGGUUAACAGCCUGGUCAACGUGUGCCUCAUCGGCACCCAGAACCUCUUCACCUUGGCCGUGGCCAUGUGGGAUUCCCUCGCCAGCCCCUUCCUCAGGGUCACCGACCUGCUGGCUGCUUUCCUUGCGCACGUCUCCAGCGGAGCCAUCGCCGUGUCCAUCCUGCUGUGGUCGCCCUGCCAAAUGGCCUUGGAGCUGCUGGCUUCCAUCGCCCAGCUCUUCGUCAACGUCUUCUUUGUGAAUAUAUACGGCCUGGGCUUGCUGCUCCUCAUCAUCGUUGUCGGCGCCUUCGUCUUCAACCCGGGGCUGCUGUGGACGCUGACUGACUGCGUGCUGGGUUACUUCAACAUGCUGCCUUCCUACCACCGCCUGCAGCGGGACGUGUGGCGGCUCUAUCAGGUGGCAGUCCUGACGCUGGGUAUGGCCAUGACCUCCCAGACCUGGCGCAGGUUGGUGGACUGGAGCCUGCAGGUAACCAACUGGAGCCAAGGAGGCGGAAUGAUGAACCGGGAAAGCAACCAGCGAGAGGCGGCUGUGCCUGCCUUCCCCCGAGCUCCUGGCAGGCCGAUGCCGGCGAGGGUCAGUCAGCUGCCAGCAGAGCGUGAGGACGAUGAGGAUGCUGAGCAGGUACCACAAGCACGUCCUGCUCUGGGUCGAAGCGUGGCGGGACAGCGCCUGCAGCCGCGCAGGGAGGAACCGGGUCCCUCCUGGGGGAAGGCUCAGAGGAGGCAGCAGCUGAACGCCGGAGCUAGGGACGCCGAGGGCACCGCAGAUAACGACCCCUGGAUGCUCCUGAAAGAACAAGAGGAACGCAAGAAAUGCGUCAUCUGCCAAGACCAAACUAAGACAGUCCUGCUCCUGCCCUGCAGGCACCUCUGCCUGUGCCAGGAGUGCACCGAGGUCCUCCUGCAGCAGGCCAUCUACCAGCGCAACUGCCCCCUGUGCCGCCAGAUGAUCCUCCAGACGCUCAAUGUGUACUUGUGAGCCCAGAGGGGGGGUGGCUCGGGUCACUUUGCGGUCAAGGGCACCCCCACCCCUGCCUGCCUCUUGCCAGGAAGCAGAACUUCCCAGGGCUGCCUUGAGCAGCUUCUUCCAAAGAACUGAGGAUGGUGCUGAAAGGGCAAAAGGCUUUUAGGGGUGUCUGCUAGCCACGUCUGCUACAUAACUAGACUGUAGCUCUUGCUAGCAAGCACAGUAGCUGAUACCUGCAGCAGCCCGAGAGUUAUCUUUAUUUUCGUUGACAACUUCUGCUGUUCCAGGGCCUGUUGCCUCCAGCCUGCAGCAGUCUGGGAUUCAAAGCAGAGCGCAGAAAGAUGCUCUGGUUCCUUCUAGCCAAAGCUGAUGGCAAGUUUAAAUGCUGUGCCCUCCUGGGAGUCAGAGGAGCUGGUGCAAGGCAAGGGAGGAUCUUUCCAAAGGUCUGACCAGGAAAGUACCCAGCAGAGUGCAUUCAGGUCUCUGUUACCUCCUCCCACCAUCUAACUUAACAGGAGCUUAGAAGGGAGAAGUGCGCUCCCUUUGCAAAGCCCCAAGAGAGCAACGAGCACACUCAAGUUUAAGCUUUGCUACCAGGGGGCUAAGCCUGGCUUUCAGCUAGAGAGGAGCAGGGUUGCUGGGGUAGUUUAGUAUCCCAGCCACCACGGCUUUGGGUUUUGAGCUUCCCAUUCCCCCAGCCAGGACAACGAGGAGCUGUGACCAACACAGGCUCCCCGCAGGCCACAGCUGGCUGCACAGCUCAGUGUUGCUGCUGCUUCCACGCAUCACCUAUGCAAGACUAGCGAGCACACAUCAGGUUACUCUGUGGGGAGGCCAGAGGGAGGUAUUUGUGCUGCAGGGGGGGUGGUGCUGCUGCUUGGGAAACCUCAGGACCCCGACAGCACGUGUCUGAGCCCAUGCUGGAGAAUCUUCUCUAUAUAAUACAUGUUUUCUUUGUGCUCAGAGCGCCACGGAACUGGGUAGUACACACCAGUGCUUGCUUACUGCUUCCCAGGCUGGGCUGGUUAGAGGGGGUAAUGUUCUGGGAGGAGAAGGGACACCCCAAAGCUCCCAGGAGCCCAUUGAGACAUUCCCGCUCCAGGCAGAAGUUCUGCAUAUCCAUGCUGGGAUGUGCAGUUGUGUGCAUGGAGCAGUACCAGGACCAUGGCUACCUUUGACGAGGGUUCCACUGUUAUACUGCUGUUCUGUCUUCCUGUCUGUCCAAAACGUAGCUAGUUUUAUUUAAGUGUCUCCUGAAGUCUAAGAGGGCAUCAGAUCCCAGCUGGGGAGCCGAAGGUGGCUCAUCCCAGCUUGGUCAAUUCCAAGAAAUUACUGGGCUGCAGGAGGGCUUUGCACUCAAAAGCUUUUCCUUUUCCAGCAGCUUGCCUGAGGUCAGCCACGCACCGCAGCCAAUUUUGGCUGGAGCCAGGCUGGAAAGAGUCUUGACUCCUGGACUGCAAGCCAAGAGCCUGAGGGUGGCUGGCAGGGUCUUCCUUCUCUCUUCUUGGUUAGUGAUUGGAGCCAAAACAUGCAGCAGGGAGGCCGGGCCAUGCUGGGAGAUACCUCUGGGCUGUAAACCUGAGCUGCAGCAAGAUCCUAAUCUUGUUGGAGAGCAGCUUUGCUCUGGGAGGCACUUCAGGGGCUGGUUGCCCCCACUCUGAUGGGGUCUGGAGGCACCCCCUGGGCUCCAGAGUAUCAGAAGGGCCUGGUCCCAGGGCUAUCAGCUGCUUCCACCUCACUUGACGGAGAUAAAGAGCUCCCUGCCCAACCCCUAUUGCUUGUCCUCUUGGCCCUGCGCCUCCCCAGACACACAGCACCCAUGUUAAUGUUUGCUCCAGCCACCUCCCGUGUCUGCAGGCAGCGACACUUGCAGUUGAGUUAGCCAAGGCUUUGCCAGAGCAGCGAGUACAACCCCACGGGCUGCGUUCCACAGGGUCCAGCUUGUCCCCAGCAAUGGCAGAGGUCACCCCAAGGGAGCUGCACCCUUCAGGUGUGCCCGUGGAGACACCCAGGAGCAGGAAUGUGGCCACGCUUCUGGCUGCUGCAGGCUGUGGUGUUUGGGCAGGGACCACCUCAUGGUGCAAUGUUUUCUAUGUGAACUAGAGGGAGGAAAGGACACCCACCUCCCCGGGACUGCAGUUUCUCCCCCCUCAACCCCUUUUUCUAUGACUUACGCUUAUUGUUUUAGGGCCUGUUUGUUUGCUGUUUAUAAAGAGACAAGAGAAAGCUUUGCCUUAAGUUUAACUCUUUGCACUAUGGACUAGAUACCGAGCAGAUUAAAGUCUCCUUUACCAAAA